GAAGCUACAUUUUUAUAUGGAAACUAAAAUGCAAAACGUCAUUAAUAAAACAUGAUAUUUCAUAAUCUCGUCCAAUUAAGUAACUAACAUUUCAGUUAUUUAACAUUGUUGUAAAAGAAAAAAAUAACUAUAAACAAACGACUGCUAUUCAUUUCGACAAUGAGUGGGAAAGUUGGACCACUUUCCCGCCUGUAUAAUAAAAUUAUUGGAACAGCGGAUAUUUACGUACCAACUAAAAUGCGUCCAUUUUGGGAGCAUGCAGCAGGUCCGAAAACGAUAUUUUUUUGGGCGCCAUUAGGAAAAUGGGUACUAGUUUUGGCUGGCAUUGGUGAUAUUAAUCGUCCGGCCCAUCUAUUGUCAAUUAAUCAAUGUUCUGUUUUAGCCAUGACUGGCAUAAUUUGGUCGCGCUAUUCGCUCGUUAUAGUACCGAAAAAUUAUUCUUUAUUCUCUGUAAAUGUUUUUGUUGCACUUACACAGCUGUAUCAAGUAGCACGAGCAGUACGCUAUCAACGGAGUUUAAAGGAUAAGCCGAAGUAAGAGUAUAGUAUGUUCCAUCCAAAUCCAAUUAGUUGCAAAAUCUCAAUGUGUUUGGCGCACACCGUUAAAAGAAAUAUUACGUUACAAAAAAAUUGAGAUUAUUUCCGCGAAUGAAAUGAGAGCUUACCUCAAAAAUAAUGAUAGAUAUCAGUGACUAUUCAUGGCUAAAUAACAAUUACUCAAAAUUAAUACUGUUACAAUGAAUAGAAUAACAGAAGUGAACAACUACUAAUAUCUGAAAA